AUGAAAUUUGAACUUGCUACUGAAAUUUCGUUGAUAGGAGCUUACUUGAUGCUCAUAUUGUUCGGAGCUUUCGGCAACGGUUUAGUGUGCUACGUUGUUCUGGCCAAUUGCCACAUGCGAACUCCCAGGAACCUGCUUAUAUUGAAUCUUGCCACCUCAGAUUUGAUUCUUUGCGUCUUCACGCAGCCAUUCAACUUAUUGAAAGCAUCAACCAAAACGUGGAGACUAGGAGCGGUCAUGUGCAAAUUGGUUCCGAUGACUGCAGGCACAAACGUUUUCGUAUCAACUUUCAGCAUAACAGCCAUUGCUCUUGAUCGCUUUCGUCUAAUUGUAAGGCCCACAGAUAAGGAUCUUCUGUUGCAGCCGAUGUGGUCUGCUGCCGUUCUUUUGUGUAUUUGGAUGUUUUCGCUGCUCCUCGCUAGUCCAUCUUUGAUUUUAAACAUUAUCAAACACAAUAAAGAAGCUGUACCGUGGCUCUGUUUGAAUGAAAUAUGCCUCGAAGACCCCGAAUAUGCCAGAUUGAAAUCUGCUUACUCCGUUGUGUCAAUGUUGAUUCAAUACAUUCUGCCUAUCAUCGUACUAUCUGUGGCGCAUGCACGCAUAUGCAACAAGUUACAACAUCGAAUGAACAAUUCAACACAAAUGCAACCUUUCAGUAAUUCCACAUUGACGACCGACAGAUCUGUAAAGGCGCGACAGAGGCGAGCAGACAGGGAACGAAAGAUCAACCGCUUGCUAGUCAUGAUCGCCGUUGUGUUCGCUGCAAGUUGGAUGCCGCUCAACAUCAUCAACAUCAUCGCCGAUUUCAAUCAAGAUGUCAUCGAAUCUUUCGAUAAGUCAGGAAUAAUUUUUGCUGUGUGUCACCUGUUGGCGCUGUUGUCAGCUUGUGCCAACCCAGUCCUCUACGGGUGGCUCAAUGAGAACUUUCAGCGUGAAUUCAAAAGAAUUCUUUGCACGAACAAGUGCAUGAAGAAAAUUAACAACAACGCAAACAACGGUAAAUGCGGUCAACUUUGCUAA